UACCUCUUUUUGUUUUGUUUUCUUUUCUUUUUCUUUUUUUUUUUUUUUUACAGUACGAAUAUAAAACAAUGACUGCCAAAGCUACUGAUCGAGUUUCUCAAAUUAUGAGCCAUUUAGCUCAAGUGACACCCUCACUUAAAGACAAGGUGUGCAUCGUGACAGGCGCAGGUUCUAUUCAUGGCAUUGGUCGUGCCAGUGUGAUUGCACUUGCGAAACGAGGACCCAAAGCCAUUUAUGUUUCUGAUCUUACCUUGGACAAUUUACAAGAGUUGGCCAAAGACAUUGAAGGUAUGGGUGUGGCGUGUUAUGCACGUGCAGUGGAUGCGGCCUCUCCUAGUGCCGUGACAGGUAUCAUUGAUGAAGCGAUGAAGACGUUUGGUCGAUUGGAUGUGUUUUUCGCUAAUGCCGGUGUGGCAUCCGGUGAUCGUAUUCAGGACGAAACCGCUGAGUCCUUUAUGAGAAUGAUGCGUAUUAAUGCAUUGAGUUGUUUCCUUGCUAUUAAGCAUGCGGGAGAGGCCAUGGGUGUCACAGGACCCGGUAAAGCCUAUUCAGGUGGAUCCAUCAUCUGUACAGCCUCCGUGGCUGGUAUUCGUUCUGGUGCUGGAUCACCUGAAUAUUCUGCUUCGAAGGCAGCUGUGAUUAAUUUAUGCCAAACAAGUGCGUAUCAAUAUGCCGGUAAGGACAUCCGAGUGAAUGCCAUUUGUCCCGGAUUGAUUGAGACCGGUAUGACAAAAUCGACGUUUGAUUAUGCGCGUGAAAGAGGAUCUGCGCACAAGAUUGGACAGUUGAAUCCUACGAAGCGAUACGGUGUAUCAUCCGAGAUUGCGCAUAUGGUUGCAUUUUUAGCCUCGGAUGAAGCGACAUAUAUCAAUGGACAGGCUAUUGCAAUUGAUGGUGGUCUUUCUGCCAGCCAUCCUGUGGUCCCUGGCAAAUCGCAUUAAUUUUUUAUUAUUA